AUGAGUGCACUCUUCAAGCUGCCGCAGGAAGUGCAUAAUCAGCUUCGUUCGUCGAUUGUUGUCACGAACCUAGGACAGCUCGUUGAGGAGCUUGUGUGCAAUUCCAUCGAUGCUGGAGCACAGAAGAUUCAGGUCUUCUUCGAUCCAACCACCUUUCGCAUACAAGUGCUCGACGAUGGACAUGGCAUAAGCAGAGACGACUUGUCAGUGCUAGGUGUUGGCCAUGCCACCUCAAAGCUCAAAGACUUAGCUGGUCCAGAGAGCAGUCCUCUUACGCUGGGCUUUCGAGGCGAAGCCCUCAGCUCCAUUGCCCAGUGCGCGUCACUAACGAUCGUGACAAAGACAAGAGGUGCACAAGCCUUCCGUAAAGUUAUCAAGGGCGGCAAAUGUCUCUCGCUCGAGUUGAGCUCUCCUAGUGGAGAAGCCACUAAACCAAUAGGUAUUGGAACAGCAGUUGACGUUCAGGAUCUGUUCUUCAACCAGCCUGUGAAGAGAAAGCAACUGCUGUCUCGGUCGUCGAAAGAGCUAGAGGAUCUGAGAGAAAGAGUCCUACGCCUGGCCUUCGUACACACAGAGGUCGUUUUCGAGAUCAUCAAUACUGUUAGUCAACAACGGCUACUGUCCACACCUCGGGUGCGAAGUCCUACUGAGCUCGUAGAAUGCUUGUUUGGCUUUGAAGCGGCAAGUGGCUUGCAGCCAGUGCAUCACGUUGCCGACCGAGUUGUUCUUUGGGGAUGCAUCACUAAGAAGGACUCAGGCCAGACUGUUAAGGGUCUUCAAUACCUGUGUAUCCUUUCGCGAAGGAUUCUCGUAGUCUUCGACCCGCCGCUAGAGCUUUUCAAUCAAGUUUCUAGCCAGUCGUAG